AUGGCCUCUCGGGCGAAGAACCCCAUAGACAUAUCUAGGAGUUCGAUGUGGUAUGCUCUAGCAUCUGAUAGGAGCAUCAUUGAUGCUGCGAGUGGGGGAGCAUUGGCAAACAAGAUACCGAAGGAAGUAUGGCCGCUUAUCGAAGUUAUGGCAGAAAAUUCUCAACAGUUUGGCUUCUGCGAGAGUAACCCUACCCAUAGGGUUAACGUGGUAGAGAUGUCGUCUAUUCAGCAGCAGCUAUCGGAACUAACAUCUUUUGUUCGGCAAUUAACUAUGGAGAACGUGCACCAAGCAAAGGUCUGUGGAAUAUGCACAAACGCAGGCUACCCCACUGACUCGUGCCCUAUGUUGCAAGAGGAUGUGGCUGAACAAGUGAACAUGGUUGGAGGUGUGCCCGCGCCUCAUAGGCAGUAUGACCCAUACUCGAACACGUACAAUCCGGGGUGGAAAGACUACCCCAAUUUCAGCUAUGGUAAUAGACCACAGAAUUCAUUUUCUAAUCGUCCACCAGGAUUUCAGCAACCAUGGCAACCAAGGCCACAACCUUUAUCAUCUAAUUUAGGAAGCUCUUUGGAGGAUAUUGUCAAGAGUCUAGUCACGAGCACUGCUCAGUUCCAGCAAGAAACCAGAUCGGGUAUGAAAAAUUUGGAGACUCAAAUAAGUCACAUGGCGACUACAAUUAAUCGCAUGGAGUCUCACGUUUUUGAAAAAUUGCCAUCACAACCCGAGGCAAAUCAAAAAAAUGUAAGUGCCAUGACACUAAGAAAUGAUAAGGAAGUGGAGGGGUCUAAGUUGACGAAUUCGAAAAGUAAAAGUGAGGAGAAGAUAGAAAAAGGAAUUGAAGAGGAGGAGCGCAUUCGCGAAAAGGUUAAGGUUGGAAAAGAUAAAGAGGCAGAAAAGAAAAAAGAAAUUUUGGAUGUGUUUCGCAAAGUGCAAGUAAACAUCCCCUUAUUAGACGCGAUCAAACAGACUAAAGUUUACAGGGCGUGCCCACGCCUUAUAGGGGUACGCCAGGUGCACUGUGCAAGUGGGGGACUGUCAGUUUCAAGACGUGCCCACGCCUUAGAAGGGAAUCUCUUAGAUAUUAUUGAGACGCGAUGGUCAGAAGACUAUAACCUCCAAGGCGUGCCUACGUCUUCUAACCUUGGCGACAGCGAAAAUCAAACGUGA